AUGCACAGUCGACCCGGGAGGGAGCGCUUGCGGAGCCGGGCUGAGUUGCACUGCGCAUGCUCCCGCGCUUGCGUCCCGUGUUCCCAGCGUGCGCGCCGGCGCGUGGCGAAGACCCGGGAGUUACAGGAGGUGUUGGUGACUUUCCCUGAGUCCACGAUGCCUGAAGAGAAAGAUAUUGUUGAAGAUAUUGUAGAUAAACAUCUAAAAAAAGAUUUAGCUACAGAAGAGAAGCAGGACUUAAUGGGCACAUUGAGAGGCAAAGUAAGAGAAAAACUGAAAAAUGCUAAGACAAGUGUCUCAUUGGAUGAAGGUCUUUCAUUUUUCAUCUUAAAUGGGGAAGAAAACUCACAUGGCCAAACUUCGGAUCAAAGACCAGUGAAUUAUUAUUACCAAAGACACGGUUCACUUGAUGAAAGUUUACCAAAUGUAGCUGAAGGCCAAGAUGAAAGUUUUAUGGAAGAAGUCGUUUAUCCAGAUUUAAUGGAAGUGAAAGCUGCUGAAUAUGACGAAGAUCAGGAACAAACAAAAAACCAGGCAAACUUAUUUGUACCUAGUAGUUCCCCAGGUAUUAUUAUAAUGUUUUCAGAUAAAGCAGUAAAAUCUGAUCUAGAAAGUUCCAUCAGGAAAAAAGUAGAAAAUCGAAGGGAUGUGUAUGAAUUAGAUCUCAACAUUGUGGGUCUGCAAUUCAGCCAUCAUCCUCUCUUCAAUCGAGAACAAGUCUUAUGUGCGAGGCUGCUUCAACUCUAUGAGUGUUUUCAGAACCGACAGCAACACAAUUUACCUCAGCUGCUUUAUGAGAAGCUUAAAGCACUGACAGAUGCUACUAAAUUAGCAAAUGAACAGUCAGAAAUAAACCAGCUGACUGAAAAGUCUUUGCAAGAUUAUUAUUGGCAGAUAAGGAUAAAGACAAAUAAAUAUGAUGAGCAAAACCAAGAACUGUCAGAAAUAUCUGAGUCUGAGAAUAAAACUGAAGGGAAUGGAUACAAGAACGGGGAAAAACGGGAGUUGUGUAAUAUUCAUGUUGCAUACAAAUUUACAGUGUAUUUUCUUUCUGUUAGUGUUUUAAGGAAUCUAGAUGCAAGAACUGUGCCUGUCAAUCCAUGGCGUAUUAACACAGAGAAGCUUUUUGAAUGGGCAACGGAAGUCAGAAUUGAUCCAAAUAAUCCAGAAUAUUCAGAUUUAGUGGAAUUUAUUAUGUCCAUGAAACGAAAGGACAAGGGCAUUCCAGAAUAUUUUCGUCUAGAACAGUUGCAAGAUGAAUUCAAUUUUAUUUCUGAAGAGGAAAUGAAAAGAAGUAAACGUUUCCAGCUACUACAGCUUAGAAAUGCAGGUCAAUUAGAUGCUUUCCUUUUGCAGCAAAUUCCUCUCUAUGAUCAAGAGAUUCCAGAUUUAGUAUUCCAGAUGAGGAGGUUGAUAAAGAAAAAACUGGUCAAAGUGAACCGAUUUAAUUUAUCAGACAUUGUGGCAGAUUAUGAAGAAAUUAUAUCUGCAAGGUACAUAUUAGAACUGUUUUAA